AUGCUUGAGACGAUUGCCGGUGUGGACACUGCUGGUUACAAGAAGUGCAAAGAUCUAGCUUCCUUUGAGGCUGCAGGCAAGGAGGUAUGGCUUAUAAGGGCACCUCGCCAGUUGGAUGUGAGCCAACUCAAGAGCUUGCCGGUUGAUUUCACGGGAGAGGGCCGUGCGACUUUUGAGCAUGAUGGUGUGACAUUUGAUGUCCGGGAGGAUCUACAAGAUGAUGGCUCUGGGCUAUCCGUGCUUGUCCCCACCGAUAAGCACACUCUGACGAGCGGAACGGGAGUCAAUCGGAUAUUCGCGAUCAGCGAAACCGUUGAUCUGGAACAACGGGCAGAAACCUCAAAGCGCCGCCUCUCGGACACUGGGUCCGCGCUACUAGCUUCGCCCGAAACCAAAAAGCAUAAGAAGGAUAAGAAGGACAAGAAAGACAAGAAAGACAAGAAGGAGAAGAAAGAAAAGAAAGACAAGAAGGAAAAGAGAGAAAAGAAGCAUAAGCACGCCUAA